AUACUUACUUGUUGCCCGCUUGUUGUAGGUUAGUGAGCAAAGGUCGAUAUGGCUAAAUUGUUUUGAGAAUCACUUGUAUUCCUGAGGUACCGUGGGAGGAAGUAUGAGCAUCGAAAAGGAGAGGGAAAAUAGUUUAUCUACCAGAGGAUAAUAGGACAUUUCAUCAUGCGGAUCACGAGAGUUUUAUGCGAAGAUGUCGCUAAGCUCAUUCAACGCUUCAGUCGAUACCAACAAUCUUCUUUGUCGAUUGAGCAAUUCACGACUUUCGGCAAAACCGCAAAACCCAUAGAAUCUUUCCAGUUUGGUCGACAUGAAUUACCUGUGCGACUUGCACACAUUAUUCGUGAGAUUGAUCUUCUUCCUAAGAAUUUGCUUAAGAUGCCUUCAGUUGAGCUAGUUAGAAGCUGGUAUGUUCAAAGCUUUAGUGAGUUAAUUGAGUUCCAAGAUGAACAAGAAACAGAUGAAGUUUCAAAUAGAUAUACCCAAAGUCUGAAGCACAUUAAACAGAGGCAUGAUAAUGUUGUUGAGACAAUGGCUCAGGGAAUUAUGGAAUUAAGAGAGAGGGACGGAGAUGGUGCAUUUCAUCCAUCCAUAGAAUACUUUUUAGAUCGUUUUUACAUGAAUCGGAUUAGUAUACGAAUGCUUAUCACUCAGCAUUUGGUGCUGUUUGGUCAAGAUGCAAGAAGCUCCAAGAGCAAUUUUAUUGGUUGUUUUGACCCAACCUGUCAUGUUGCUUCAGUGGUAGAAGAUGCUGUAAAUAAUGCUGCCUACCUCUGUGAACAUUAUUAUUGUGCUGCUCCUGAGGUGGAAAUUUCUGAGUUUAAUGGUGUUGAUCUUAAGAAACCCAUCCAAAUGGCCUAUGUUCCUGGACACUUGUAUCACAUGCUCUUUGAAUUAUUGAAGAAUGCCAUGCGUGCAGUUGUGGAACAACAUGGAAGCAGUACUGAUGUUCCUCCGAUAAAGAUCAUGAUAACCAAAGGAAGACAUGACAUGACAAUCAAGAUUUCUGAUCAAGGAGGUGGAAUCCCAAAGAGUACAAUUGAUCAAGUGUUUGAGUAUCAUUAUACAUCGGCACCAGAGCCACUGAAAGCUGGUUCUGCUGCACCUAUGGCCGGCUAUGGAUACGGGCUGCCAUUAUCAAGACUCUAUGCCAGAUAUUUUGAUGGAGAUAUGCAGCUUUAUUCCAUGGAAGGUUUUGGUACAGAUGCUGUGAUCUGGUUAAAGGCGCUAUCAGCUGAAGCUAGUGAAAUUCUACCUCAAUACACAAGACGGACACCAAAGAAUUAUGAAGAAGUUAGACUGUCAGCUCAACACUGUCGAGACUGGAGCUCUUCCAAAUUCUACGGAUAUGGAAAUAAAUUUAUGUCGACAUAUCAAGGAAUGAUGAGAGCAAGGAGGUUGCAUAACAGUCGGAGAACUGCGAACUCGUCGUGAAUAGGCUCUCCAUUAGGGUCCAAUGUGCAGACAGCCGUAUUAUUUUAGAUAGACCUGUCUUUGAUAUUAUUUUACAAGAAGAAUGCGUGAGGUCGUCGAGUCCAACUUCACUUUACUCUAGACAGAGGAGAUAAAUUAAAUAAACUCAUUUCAUCUAAGCCAUAUUUAUAUUUAGUACGGGCAGAUUUGUCGUGGACAGACCCAUUUGUGGGUCUGGACAAUUCAAUGGAGCCUGCUUGAUUCUUAUUAUUUUCGAAACCGCCAUGGACAAACAAGGCCAACUCUAACAAUUCUCGACAAUCCUAGUCAAGUUGUCUUAUUUGGGCAAUUUUAAAUUGGGAAACCUUUUCACCUAUCCUCUUUAAAACUAUAUUUUAAUAUAUAUUUGUAAAGAUAAACUGGUGCAAUAAUUUAAAUGCAAAGCAACAAAUGUUUUUAGGUAUUUACACGUUAUAUCCUUAGAUGAACCAUUCUGGGAACCGUCAUUUUGAUCCACACUCACGAUUUUUCACAAAUUAUCAAUGUAUUUAUAUAGAUUUAUUUUCAAAAGGGGUCAUCACAUUGAGGGUUUUUCUAAUAGGAAUUUGGUCUCUUGAGUUAUCGUCUCAUGAUUGAAUCUUGAAUCACUGGCUCCGUAUUUUAAAUCGUUCGUGGUCAGAAGGUGCUAAAAAAAAUCUUCCUAUUAAAGGUAAUUACGAGAUUACAUUCUUUUGAGGUACUACACAACACUUGCCAGAAGUCACAAUUGGUCGGGGGAGUUUCACUUUGUGUUCCCGCUUUGAACUGGAUAUCUUUCCUGAGACAGAUGUUCAGAAAGCGAAAGUUCUAAUUGAUUAGCUAUGAAACGUGAACCUUAUUAAAAAAAUUGCAAUAAAGAUGACU